GGCCAGCACUUUGCAUCUCGGGUCACCAAAGGUUGGUCCAAGUGCAGAUGUCAUCCGCUCGCUGUCGGCCAGAAAGGCAAGGACGCGGCCAAUUCAUGGCUCUGCACGCUCCGGACGUUGGAACCUUGCUUCGCGCACCCUCUGGCAGUUCCCAUGCAUGCUCGCCACUGGAUCAGACCUGUAGCACGCGACCUUUGUUUUUCAAACCCCCUCUUUCAUCGAAAGCGUUGAUUCUUCGAGAAUGCGUCAUCACCAACAAACCUAGUCAAGAUGGAAGGGUUGUGUAGAGCUGGGGCGGUGCAGUUAUCUUCCUCGACGUAUUCCAUGAACAUGCAACCAAUCAAACAGCUGUUAUUCUUGCUGCCUGUAACUCGCUAACCUCUCAACCCUGCGGCUGGCCAAGAGAUACUCCGUACUGAGAGUGGGAUACAGAGAUAGCUUGUGGACUCUACACUUUAACUCGCAACCUCUGUCCGCCCUCAGUUCGUUGUAUCCUGUCCCACUGCUGUCCAUUGCUACUAGGAAUUGAUUUUUUUUGUCAGGUAGGAGAAGAAAAAUAGACCGCACCAGCUGUCGGCAUAUUAUGAGAGCUCGACAAACAUGGCGAGAUCUAGACAUGGAUAUGACGCUCUUUCAAUGCACACCUUGGACGACGAAGAUCCUGAGACCAUUGCAUCCGAUAGGAAUACGUCCGCUACCUUGAUCGAUUACGGAAAAGAACCAAAUGUUGCAGCGAAGGAAGUGCCCCCGUCCUCACCGACCAGAUCGUCCUUCUCCUCGUCGCCCCAAGUAACGGCGAUGGACUGGACGCCCGAUACCAUGUCUGAGUUUUCGCAAGAGACUGCGCCCUUGCUUGGGGACGAGACUCCACCUCCAGAGUACCAGAGCCCCCGAACAAGUUUGGUGGUCCAGCAGCUGCCUCGUACCAUUGGAGCGACGGUUCUUGAGUCGAUUCGCUCUCGGAGAUCGCGUCACAGGCGCAAGGAUAUUUGCGAGAACGAAGAGUGCAGACGCCGCCACAAGAAACUGAUUGUGAUGCAUGUCUUCCUGGCUAUAUUCGUGGUGUCUACCGUCGUAUCCUUCAUCUGCGUGUCUUCGGUCAGGAAACAUAAGCACAAUUCGCAGACUAAUCCGGUCUUGCCGAAAUGGGCCCAGGACUGCCCCAACGAUGAUCGUUACAACUACUACUCCUUUGAUGAAGUUCACGACCUGGAGAUAUCCGAGCACUCGCGACGUGCUUUCAAAGGCACGGUCAACAUCCUCCCUGCCCUUCCAGGUCAAUCUGUCGACCUCGUCAUAAAGGUGCUGCCCAAGACGAAGCCCUUCACGCUCAGGGUGAACAACCGCAACGUUGAUCAGUUGGGCAGCCAUGUCUCACGCAGCAAAGUAGGCGCACGCUCUCCAGGCCUUGAGAAGCGUCGGCGCUGUAACUCUGCGAACGUGAUACUCCACUUUCGCGAGGGCGUCACUCUCACCAAUCUAGCGUUGCGCACAUCCGGCGGCAAGAUCCAAGUCCACAGUGCGCUACGUGUCACAAACGCCACAAUCAUCACCACCAAGACGGCGCAGAUCGAAGCCUCGCAGUUCUUAAAUACUCGGGAGACCUACAUCUCGUCCGGUAGCUCAUCCGUGCGCGGAACCUUCAAGCUUUACGACGUGCUGUCGAUCCAGUCCACGUCCGGAAGCAUAGACGUGACAGUCGUCCCGCAGCGGGCCGACAAGGCGCACCUCAAACCAGCCGAGCUGGCUAUCACUUCGGUCAGCGGUAGCAUCCGGCUCAAGACGAAGGGUGAUAGGCCGCGACGCGAGUACCUGACCACGAUUGAAAGCAGAGACGGCAUGAUACAGGGUAGCGUGCUGCACGGCAGCAAGACGUCGAUCAAGAGUAUCUCAGGGAUGGUCGAUGUCGAGGUGUUGCCGCAGCUGAUCGGUACGGGGGUCUCGUCGGCUUCGCAGCUGAAUGUAGAGACGACGUCGGGCAGGCAGCAGGUGACGUUGCGUGGCCCUGCCUUUGGGACGGCGCUGGGGCGGAUGAACAGCAGGCACGUCUCAUCGUCGGGGGCGCUGCAGCUGUCGUACCCUAUGGCGUGGGCCGGAAAAAUCAGCGGCGAGAGCUCAAGCGGUGCGAUCGACGUGGAUGGGCAGGGCGUCAAUGUCAUCGAGAAGAGCGAGCAUCAUGUGAAGGCGGAGAAGGGCGAGGGAGACAGCCUGUUGGCGUUCAGGACGGAGAGCGGGAGUGCACGAGUGCGAUUCGAGCUGUGAACUGGCCCUUCUCGCUCUUUUUGAUUACUUACUCGGCGAAGGGAAAGCACGUAGCGUUGCGUGUUUGGACGAGGACGCCCUUCGUCCGGGAUAUGGGAAAACCGUCAUUGGGACUUGAUGCGGGAGGGACGCAUUCUCUGGAUCACUGCGAACGUACAUACAUAUACAUGUAUAUAUUUGUAACAUGUUGAACGACGAAG